AUGUCAACGAAGGCGUCGGUGCUUCGCGAGGACUGGGCGACGGCCGAGCAGAUGGAGCGUGCGCAGCUCCAGUUGCUGAACGUCGUCGACUUCAUCAACAAAUUUCACGCAAGCGCUAAAACCCGACUAGCUGUUUUGAGCGAGAAGAUGACAGCUAUCGAGAGAAAGCUGAGACACGUUGAGAAUGCAGUGCGUAAGGCGCGAAUUCUGGCAGCCAUGGACCCAGCAGAGUAA